GAAAGAUAACUCCCAACUCAAGACAUCCAAUCUUGCAGACAAUGAUGAAAUGAUCUAAACAAUUUUUUUAACCAUGAGAAUCCUUCAGCGUUGUAUCAACAAUGGCUGAUCUGAUAGGUUGAAGUUUUCCACCAUGUUAACUUUGUGACCAGUGAUAUGCAUCAACAUAUGGAGGAGUGUUCAUCGUUAAUCUAUCUGCCAUCAAUUGUGACCUCAAAGAUCUUGAGCUAUUUGUCAUGGCAGGAAAAGAUGGCUACAGUUACUGCCAUUUCAGCAUGGAACGAAGCUCUAAGAUCCACAGAUGCAUGGAGUUUUGUUAGAUAUGGGCCAGAAUUAGAAGAAAAUGUUUACUUUGCCAAAGCAAGCAGGGAUGAUUUUGUUACAUGUUUAAAACAGUAUGGAAAUUUUAUGCGAUCACUGCAUCUAUGUUUUGGGUAUUCUAUAGAAAACUUUUCAAUAGCCAACACUGGUGAACAGAUUUUUAUUUUGAUACAAAAGAAGUGUAAUAAUCUAGCUGCUCUUCAUGUAGAACAAGAAGUUCCAGAAGGAUGCUUAGAUGUGCAUUGUUAUUAUUGGCCAGAUUUUGUAUGUGAUGUAGUGAAUGCUACAGCAGUACAUUGCAAGUCUGUGAAAUCCAUCUCUCUCAGUCAACCUAUUGUAAAUUGGUCAGAAGAUAAUAUGUUUAUUUUUACAACAAACAGUCCUGCAGCUAGGAAAAUCACAGAAUUAGAAUUGAGUUCCCUUUCAUUUCUGAAUCAUGAUGGAAAACUGAAAGAGCUACAGAACUUGACAGCUCUUAAGAAAUUAACAAUACGUAGAGAAAAAGUGAAUAAUGAAAUUUUACUACAUCUUGUGAAACACUCCUUACGGGAGCUUGUCCUGUAUCAAGAAGAGGAGCUGUCUGAGGAGGAUCAAAAAGACUUGGGAGAAGAUUUCUGGUCAGAAGUAAAAGUGAUAUGCCCACAUUUUAAAACCGACCUAAUUUUGAGAUGCAUCAUGAUUCUAAAGAUUAUAUUUCCCCCUAAUAUGCCUUUAAGGUACUUGAUAUUGGAUUUUUUGGUCAAUGUCAUGACAAAGGGCAUUGUUGAUCACAUUUCUGAUUGCUACAAGGACACUCUUCGUCGCUUCACCUACACAAACUCUUUCUUAGAAAACCAAGAGAUGGGGGAUUCCAGACUUCCAGUGGCUCUUGUUUCUCUUGCACAAAAAUGCCCCAAGCUUGAAACCCUUGAGUACGGGUUUCCGUUGUCCAGUUUUUCCAUAAUACUGAUUGCACAAUCCAGGAAACUAAAGAGCUUUGUAGUUCCCUUAGUUGAAGUUUCAUAUGUUAGUGACAUGUUCUGUGAUAACAUGACAUCAAGUGAAGAUGAGUACCUGAACUUUUUAAAAUCUGCCGGAAGUUGUAGGAAAAAUUUGGAGGCAACUGUAUCUCAUAUACUUGGAUAUCAAUGGACUUUGUUAGACGGUCAAUUAAAAGUAAAUGAAAGAAUCAAAUUAUAGUUGUAGAUUGCUGUGAAAUAUACAUUAAAGUCAGUUCAUUCAUAUAUGGUGUAGUAUUUAUGUUUUAUGAUUUCAUUGGAAACAACAAUAAUUAAAGUACUGUAUACUUGAAUAAAGAAUUCAAUUCAA